AUGCGUGUACGGCAACGAUCGGAACAUAUGUCGAUGACGGGAGAUUCUGCAACCGCUGAGAUGAACACUCUUUCGGCAACUAGCACUGAUAUGGCCCCGGCGGCUAGCAUGUCCAGCAUGCCCGACAUGAUGUCCACUCUCGGUCCUAAAGGUUGCAGUCCACCCAUGAUGUUCAAGCCAGGCUUUGAUAAAAGGUUCCCUCCCACCAGAGACCUGCACCAACACUACGUCAGAGCAGUUGGUGUUAAAUGCCGAUGCUUCUCAAGGGUGGACGGCUUUCCAUUUGGUCAACGCCGGUGCUUAGGCCAGCGUUAUUCGGUAAUGGUGAGACUGGAUCAGAUGCCGGGCAACUACAAUCUGCGAUUCGCUUCGUAUCCCUACGGAGAUAUGCAACAGGUCAUUGAAGGUCAGGCAAUACUGUCAUAUCAGGUCAAUGGCCAAAAUGCCACCAAUUUGGCCACGAUGGAUAAUCCUGCCUUGCCUUGGGCGCUUGUGAAUGGGUCUGCAAAACUCACUGCUGCUGAGCUGGACGAACAGACGCUUGCGCCAUUUGACAGCAGUGGCCCUCCCAGCGGACCAUCUGCCGUCACAAAACUAUUUGCUAUCAAUCAAACCGACGUCGUCACCUGGGUCAUCGACGGUCAGCCCUUCUCAGAACCGUCCAGACCAAUCAUUUACGGCAAUACUUCUGACGGCUGGGAAGCAGCUACAAGUCUGCACUUACCCGGUAACUCAACAAUUGAUCUGAUCAUGCACGUCGCAAACGAUUCGAUGGAUACGUUUUCGGGAUCAGGUACCGGAAUGUUUCCGUAUCGUUCUGUCACGGAGGCGCCAUCAAACAUUCUUAAUCUGCAAAAUCCCCCUUAUCGAGAUACGAUCGAUCUGCCACCGUCCGGGUGGGCCGUUAUCAGAUAUGUCAUCGACAAUCCAGGGGCGUGGUUUCUCCACUGCUAUGUGCAAUGGCACCUUGUGAGCGGGAUGGCAGUAGUGCUUAUUGAAGGUCAGGAGCGGCUUGGACAACUAUUGGGAUCGAUUGAGUCCGCCGCCAAUUAUCCAAAUGCAACGGCUCCAGCUAGUGUGGGAACGUCCCUUGCCAGGACAAACGUAAUGCGCAGCGUCCCGCUUCCAGCCAUAUUGUGCGCGACACAAUUCGGCCACAUGCUUUAUUAG